AUGGCAGCUCGGAAGCUCUUCGCCGAAGCCGUAAAGGGCUACAGAUGGUAUCAUGCAGCCGGUGCAGUGGCGACCGUCGGCGCUGUUCAGGGCAUCACCUUAUGGGGUAUGUCGAGGACAUACCAUUGGUUUUUCGCCAAGGAGGAGGAGCGUGCGAACCGUUUCAUCCAGAAGUACGGCCGACCGACAGAAUCGCAGCGCAUGGAUGUUUACACUUGGAUGGCGCCAAGCUACGACGAGGGAGUGCAACCUCUGGAGAAGGGAAUCGCCAACAAGUUCCGGCUGGAGCUUCUGCGGCCGAACUCGCUGAAGGGUGAGGUGCUGGAAGUUGCAGUGGGCACCGGCCGCUGCUUCGAAGCGCUGGAGCAGUCCAAGGAGGUCCGAGGCUACGUGGGCGUUGACCUCAAUGAGGCCAUGCUUUCGGUGGCCCGAGAGAAGUUGUCGGACCGGCCAUACGAAGCUCGCGUGCUGCGGGCCGAUGGCCAUAAGCUGCCCUUCUCGGACAACUCGUUUGAUGCAGUUUUCGGCUCUUUGUGCCUUUGUGCCAUGGAGCGUCCGGCCGUUGCGCUGGAUGAAAUCGUCCGAGUCUGUCGCCCGGGCGGACAAAUUUUGCUGCUGGAGCCUGGGGUGGCUAACAGAGCCAUCGUCCGAUGGGCGCAGGAGCAGCUAGCAUUGGUUCCGAGCCCCACGCACGAAUGGGAGUUUGGAUAUCGCGAUGACACGGAUGUGAAUGCUUUGAUGCGAAGCCGCACCGACUUGGAGGUGAAGGAGAUCCAGACACGUGGGAUGGGCAACUGGUACUUGGUUUGGGCUCGGAAGCCGCAGCCAGAGUGA